AUGGGGUUUGGGUGGCACAAACGAAAAGGGGAGGGGUUGGCUGUUAUCCGGAUUGAAUGGGGUGAGCUCUUGCGAGCAUGUGGUCGAGGGAUUGGAUGUUGUGGCACAGCACUUGCUGUUGAAGCAGAGGCUAUACGUGAUAUAUUGGGUAUUUGUCUGCAUAAUGGGUUCAUAUGCUUAGAAGUAGAGUCUGAUUCAGAAGAGAUUAUUCAGAUGAUAAGAGGUGACUGUAUGAGUGUGGCAGAAAUAGAAGGUAUUCUUUUUGGCAUCCAAGUUUUAGCUCGACGAUUUCAGCGGGUGGUGUUUCGACAUAUACCAUACUUGUGUAAUAAAGCAGCACAUAAGGUGGCUGCUUAUUUCUCUAGAGUUGAGGGCUCUCUUGUCUGGGACCAAUCUGACCCAGCGUGGCUCCGUAGUGCUUUAGCUCUUGAUGUUACCGAUGACUUGAAUUAA